CAGAAAUUUAAUUUCACGUAGUUCAGUCAAAAGUGUCAAAAUAUAUAGUCCUUAAUUUCUAACUUACUCGUCUAGCCGGCCACCUAUGUCCGUGCCGGGAACCGUGGGUCAAGAUCCGAACCCGAAAGACGCCGUCGUUCAACCCGUAAAUUCCAUAGGCCCGGACGCACUUCCUGCUCCUCAAGUCCGGUUCCUUCAUCGCCACCACCACCAACGACCAAACCUCCAUGGAAACUCCCAAGGCUUUUACACCUCGCCACCACAAGCUCAGUGAAACGCUUCCUGAGCAUCGUGGAUCGUCCAACGGCGUACGGCCUUGCUCAGCCGCCGAGAAUUCCAAUUUCUCCGAGCCGAUGAAGAAGGGUCCCGAAAAUACGGAGUUCCAGGCUGGACGUGGAAAGAGAAAAGUUUCGGAGCAGGAAUUCAAUUGGUUGCCUUCUGGUUGGAUUGUUGAAGAUAGAGUCCGGAGCUCCGGUGCGACUGCUGGAACUGUAGAUAAGUACUAUUUUCAUCCAGUUUCAGGCCGCCGAUUUCGGUCGAAGAAAGAAGUUCUCUAUUUUCUGGAAACUGGAACACCUAGAAAGAAGAAACAAACAGAGAAUUCUGAUGCUGAAACAAAGGGAUCUGGUGGGCAUAAACAGAAGUCUAGCGCAGCAGCAAAGAGUUCUACGUUGAACUUCGAUUUUUCCAAUGUGCCUGAGAAGGUUAAUUGGGUGCUGUCAGAUUCUCCUGAAGGGUCGUGGACACCUUAUAUUGGUGAUGAUAUGGUGGCUGAGUCUGGUAAGCAAGAAUGGGAAGCCGCAUUCAAAUUCCUCACCUCCAGAAAUAGUGGCCGGAAUUACUGAAACGCGUUUACAGUCCUGCCCAGCGUGUAUCAUGAUCUCCUACUGACCAACAAUAGGUCUUCUUAUUUCCAGUAGACCUAAUACUUACUUAAAAUUAGUUUUCAUUUUUCCUUUUCUUUUUUUUUUUUUUUUUUUUUUUUUUUGGGAUUUACUCCCUUCAUAUCACAGCCAAAGCUCAAUUAGAUUGCUGCUUGGCAUUUUGUAUUGAUAUGUUAGUCAUUCGUACUUAUAUUGUUUUUUUGUAUAAAUUUUGUUUCUUUCCCUUUCAUAUAUAGAAAAUGUAUAACUUUUUCCUUUCUA